AUGUCAAACCUUCAGUGCAGUGUAAUCAAGCUAUUUCCUGUUGAAUUAUGGCGAGAAGUUUUUGGGUAUUUCAAUUCGAAUGAGUUAUGGUUCUCGUUUCGUGGUUUAAAUAAUAGAAUUGAUGAAAUUCUUAGUCAAACAGCGUUACAUAUAAAUUUUGAAAAAAAAGGCAAUCAUAGCUGCUUUUUUUUUAUGAAAAAUAUUUUACCUACGAUGAAUGUUAGUAAUAUUCAAUCCGUAAAAUUAGGAAAUUACGAUGUAAUAAAAGAUUUCUUUUCUAUCUAUUCUCUUGGUUCAUUAGUUCAACUUCGGUUGUUAUCAUUACCUUAUAUGUAUUCUUUCAAUGAUAAUUCAUUUGCAUUUUGGAAUCAGCUUGCAUCAUUAAAACAUUUAAAAUCAUUAGAACUUAUGUUAUGUGGCGGUUUUGGACAUGAUAAUUGCAUUGAUGAGAAGGAAUUUAUUAUUUUGUCAGUCUUUAACAAAGAUUUUUGUCCGUUACUUAAACGUUUUACCAUCGGAACUCCUGGAAGAAUGAGAUACACCAGUAUACCUUCUUUGAUUACAACAACUAACACAACUAAUAUCGAAUACAUGUCACUUGGUUCGUUAACUUUUAAUGAUUUGAUUAAAUUACUUCCUGCUUUACAAAACGUUAAAUCAUUUUGUAUAGAUUACCAAUUAUAUCAUAACAAUGAGUCUAAUGAACAACAACAGAAAAUGACAACUACAAUAUCAUUGAUGCCGAAGUGUACGCGAUUACAUCUCAAACUAUCAGAUGAUAUAAUGUUUGAACAUGUUGAAUAUAUACUGAAACAUACACCAAAUCUAACGGUUUUAUUUUUAUGGGGUUGGUGGCAUUUAUUAGAUGCAAAGAAAUGGGAAGCGUUAUUGUCAACAUAUUGUCCAAAAUUAUUAAAACUUGAUUUAAUAUGUACUGCUAAUGUUUAUGAUGAUGAUUUUGGUGAUGCAGAAGAUAAUUUUGAACAAGAUUGUGCGACGAUACGAUUUUGGAUUGAACGAAAUGUUAGAAUUAUCUAUGAAGAAGACUUUUCUGCACAUGAUUAUCGUGAUGACAUUGUAGUUAGAUUUAAUAUUCAAAAAAUGGAUCAUUAG